AUACCCUUUUUUUAUUGCAACUUUAUCUUUGUUGCGGAAAUCAUGUGAAGCUCUCUUUGUGGUCAUGUGAUUGCUUUAAUGUCAUUACCACCAAUAUCCAUUGAUCUACCUUUUUUUACUCUAUUAGAAAUGAAAGACUUGUAUUUCCUCCUCCUUGAGACCUUCCGAGCUUACAAGAUGAAGAAAGGCUUCAAAAACAUGUGCACUGGUAAUGCCUCGACUUCUACUCUCAACCAGAAAAACUCCCCUGAAUUGGUCAGUUUUCCGGAAAGCAACAGCCAUUCACAGCAGCCCACCCUGGAGGAGAUGAUCAAGCAGCUGGACUUGGAAGAGAAAAUGGCGUCUAGACAAAGCCUAGACCACCUUCACCACCGGAUGUCGUGUGUCAACAGUUCAGACAUCUUGCGGUCUGCCAGAAAUGCUCUAAAUCAGUAUCCUAGGUUCUCUCUUGAUGGCAAGGAUGCAAUGUAUCGAUCUUCUUUUCGUAAUUUUGAUCAUGUCACCGCAAAUAUAAGAAACCGGCCAUCACUGGAUCGUAGUCGUCGUCCGUGUUUGCCUGCAAAAGUUGCGGGGGAGAGGGUUAUCUGGUGCAAACCGAGUGUGGUAGGUAAGCUAAUGGGACUGGAGGCGAUUCCCAUUCCUGUAAGACUAAAGCAUAGGAAGAACUCUUGUCUUGUUAGAAAACAAAAUAUGAGAAACUCUGAUAGACAAGCAAUGGAGAGGAGAAAAGUUGAUAGCAAUCAUGGUGUAAACGGUUCGUGUUCAAGACCCACCACCGGAUACUGUGUGAUGAAGCCGGUUGCAGUAGAGAUACAUUAAGCUUUUGAAAGUCUAAGUCUAAUGUGUGACAACAAAGGUCCUUCAGUGUUACUAGGGUGUUCCAUGAUCCAUGAGGUUGUCGGUUCAAUUCACAUUAUGAACAAGAUGGAUGUGCAUGGUAGCCUGUAGGUAGAGUUUCUAAGUUUGUCACUUUGUUCCAAUUUUUCUUUUUAAUACUUAUUAUUUUUCUUUGUAAGCAUCUUAUGUUCAACAAUGCUUGCCAUUGCUGCCAAAAAAUCUUAUAGACAUUCCUCCUUAGAUAUUGAUAGUAUAAGUAAAC